AUGGCAACCCCUCCCAGGAGCAAAAGGAAAAGCCGCACGCAGCAGGUGUCUGCUGCUGCUGCUGCUGCUGCUGCUGCUGCUGCUCCUGGUGCUUCUCAGUGCAGCAGCCGUGAUGAUUCAUCUGCUGCUGCUGCUGCUGCUGCUGCAGCUGCAGCAGCAGCAGCAGCAACAGAUGCAUCAGCUUCUGGCGAAGCGAACGGCCCAGGCCUCAAGAGAAGCCGCAGGCUCAUGCAGGCCCGGAAUGCUGCUGCUGCUGCUGCUGCUGCUGCUACUCCUGCUGCUGCUGCUGCUGCUGCUGCUGAGAAAGGGGAAGAUGAAAGACAACACCACAAGCGGCCUCCGCCUAUUGAAGAGGUUGAGGCUAUUGAGGCCAUCGACGUAGACGACGACGGUGAGCAGCAGCAGCAGCAACAGCAGCAGCAGCAGCAGCCUAUUGAAGAGGUUGAGGCUAUUGAGGCCAUCGACGUAGACGACGACGGUGAGCAGCAGCAGCAGCAGCAGCAGCAACAGCAGCAGCAGCAGCAACAGCAGCAGCAGCAGCAACGGCAAGAGCGGCAAGAAAGACGUGGAGGGCCCCCCCGGCAGCAACUGGAAGAAGCAAAGGGGCUGACGGGCCCCUGGAGCCAGAUCUUCGGGGGCCCCCGCAAAGCAGCAGCAGCAGCAGCAACUGCAGCAGCAACAGCAGCAGCAGCAGCAGCAGCGCCGCGAGCUUCACCCCGAGACAGGAGAACGAAGUCUAUCGCAAGUUCUAGCAGCUCGCCCCCAAGCAGCAACAGCAGCAGCAGCAGCAACAGCAGCAGCAGCAGCAGCAGCAGCAGCAUUCAGGCAUCCAGGGGGGGGCCCCCAAGAGGGGUACUAACAGCUAAGCAGAAGGAGGCAAUGCUGCGGCGUCAGCAGCGUCAGCAGCAGCAGCAAGAGCAGGAGCAGCAGGAGCGUGUGCGUGUGCUGCAGCAGCAGCACGCAGCAGCAGCAGCAAGCCGUCAGUGGCUAGAUAACCUUUCUUCUCUGCUGCUUCCUUCUUCUUUUUCUUCUUUCUCGCUGCAGCAGCUGCUAGCAGAGAUGCCACAAACAAACAAAUCCUCCUGGGGUGUAUGUACAGCUGCUGCUACUGUCUUUCUAUCUGGCCCCUUUGUAUUCACCUCAGAAGCAGCUCUUCGUGCUGCUAUUGAGGCUGCAGGUGUAUUGACAACGCGGUGCCGGCGGCGGGCUCGUUGUACAGUAACGGGGUGUCUAGCCCCCACAGCAGCAGCAGAACCAGCAGCAGCAGCAGCAGCAGCAGCAGCAGCAGGAGAGGCAAUGGUAAGCGAAACCCAAGUCCUAGAGGCUCUCGGAAUAUCGCUCGAAGCAGCAGCAGCAAGAUUCAUGCCGCUGCACCCCCGCAGCUGUCAGCCUCUUGCUGCACUCGUCAGCAAGACCCUUGGCGGCGUGCUGCAGCAGCGGCAGCAGCUGCUGCUGGCCCAGCACCAACUGCAGCAGCAGCAGCAGCAGCAGCAGCAGCAGCAACUGCAGCACGAACACCUUCAAAAGCAAGAACAAAACGAACACCAAGAGGAACGGGUGCAGGCACAGCCCGCAGAAGAUGAAAUGCAGGUUGAUCAGCAGCAGCAGCAGGAGCAACAGCAACAGCAGCAGCAGAAGCAAGAGCAGCAGCAGCAACAACAGCACAACGAAGAGAUGGCUGCUGAAGCUGAGCAGCAGCAGCAGCAGCUGCUGCAUCUGCAGCAAGACGAGAAAGAGGAAGGAAAGGAAAACCAGCUGAGUCAUUGGGAUGCCCAGCAGCAGCAGCAGCAACAGCAGCAGCAGCAGCAAGAGCAACAAGAACAGAAGCAGCAGCAGAAGCAGCCGCAGCAGCAACAGCAGCAGCAGCAGCAGCAGCAGCAAACUGGGGGUGAACUGGAUCUGCUGUUUCUUAGAGAAACUUGGCCUGUAGCUUUCAGGCCUGUUUCUGCUGCUGAGCAAGCUGGAGCAGCAGAACCAGCAGCAGCAGCAGCAGCAGCAGGAGCAACAGCAGCAGCAGGAGGUGCAGGACAAGAGAAAAAAAAACGGCGUCUUCGAGGGGGGCCCCCAGGCGAUGACAGGGGGCCCCCUGUACCCUCCCCAGGUGUAUUGGUGGUGCUGAUGCCGCCCAGAACAGGCGGAGAAACCUUAGUUCAUCUUGCUGCUCUUGCUUCUCGUUUUGCUGCAGCACGAGAGGAGACGCUGCGGGAGGCUACGCAUAUAGAAGGGCUGAUGCAGGCCUUCAUGUCUCACCCUUGUGAGCCAAAGACACAGCAACCACCAGCAGCAGCAGCAGCAGCAGCAGCAGCAGCAGCAGCAGCAGCAGCAGGAACAGCAACAGAAGCAGCAACAGCAGCAGACACGGCAAAAGCAGCAGAAAAAGGAGAGGCAGCAGCAGAAGCACCGCUGCAGCCGCUGCUGCGACUCAGUAUGUAUGAUCUCUGGUCCUUAUCUAAGAAGCACCUGCAGCGUCUGCUGCUGCGUAAAAGGGAGGGGGGCCCCCGGGGGCCCCCCGCAACCCAAGGUGAUGAUUCCUCUGCUUCUGCUGCUGCGCGAGCUGCUGCAGCAAACGCAGCAUCAGCAGCAGCAGCUCCUGAUGUAUGUAUUGCUGUAUGGAGAGAAGGAGAAGAUGCUGCUGCAGCACGUGCAGCAGCAGAGGGCCUCAUAGAGGACGCUCUAAAGGAUGUAGGUGGUAAGGGGGGCCCCCGUGGUUCUGCUGCUGCUGCUGCACGGCAGCAGCAGCAGCGCAGCAAAGCUGCAGAUACACCCGAAGACGAUGCAGCAGAUGCAUGCCGCAACCUCGUCGCCUUUGUGGAGCUCUCAAGGCCCCCCAGGGAAGCUUUCAUUCAGCGGUAA